AUGUCAAUUUUAGUAUCUGUAUAUCCUUCACAUGAAGAGGAUAUUGGUCUUCACAAAGUCGAAGAUUUCACUCUAGACACUAGACAUUUGGAGGAUUUAGUUUCCAUUCCAAAGAAUCCAAAGAGAUUAGCCGACCUUGGUGGUGUCAAAGGUUUGGCCGAUAAAUUAAAUGUUAACCUUGAUGAAGGUCUACCAGUACAUAUGAUCAUGACUGAAGAGUCAAAUCUUCGUAUUAAAAGAUAUGGAAGAAAUAUUUUACCAGAUCCACCACAAGAUUCAUUAUGGAGUAUGAUUAUAGAUGCAUUAAAAGAUGAAACAUUGAUUAUUUUGGUGAUUGCAGCUACUAUUUCCAUUAUUUUGGGUGCUUUGAAAUGGACAUCGCAUGACCCCAAGACUGGAUGGAUCGAUGGUGUAGCUAUUUUGGUGGCUGUUGCCAUUGUUACGAUGGUGACAUCGAUCAACAAUUACAAGAAUCAAGGACGUUUCCUAGAGUUGAACAAAAAGUCGGCUGACAAGCAAGUCAAGCUGUUCCGUGGUGGCCAACAAAUGUUGGUCUCUAUUUUCGACGUGUUGGUUGGCGACGUGUUGGUCGUCGACACUGGUGACAUUAUUUGCGGAGACGGUGUCUUUAUCGAGGGACAUUCGUUGGUGUGCGACGAGUCAUCUUUGACGGGUGAGUCGGACCCCGUGAAAAAGGGGUCGCCCGAGAAUGGCAUGGACCCAUUCUUGAUCUCUGGCUCGAUGGUGCAAGAGGGUUUUGGACGUAUGUUGGUCACUGCCGUCGGCGUCAACUCGCUCAACGGCCGUAUCAUGAUGUCGCUGCGUACCGAGAUUGAAGACACCCCACUCCAAGAAAAGUUGGGUGUGUUGGCCGAACGUAUCGGCAAGUUUGGUCUGGCUGUUGCCGCACUCAUGAUUCUCAUCACCGUGCCCAAAUACUUUAUCACGAAAAAGGUCAACGACGAGCCCAUCACCGCUGCCUCGGUCUCGGAUAUCACCCAGAUCGUCGUCGGUGCCAUCACCAUCGUUGUCGUGGCCGUGCCCGAGGGUCUGCCACUCGCCGUCACCAUGGCGCUCGCCUAUGGCAUGCUCAAAAUGUUCAAAGAGAACAACUUGGUGCGUAACCUUGCCAGUUGCGAGACUAUGGGUGGCGCAACCACCAUCUGCUCGGACAAGACCGGUACCCUCACCCAAAACGUCAUGACGGUUGUCGCAGGCCACAUUUGCAAGCCAUUUGACGACGUUGACUACAACCUGCGCUAUGUCGUCCCCGCAUCCAUCCAGACUAUCCUCACCGACGGCAUUUGCGUCAACAGCAACGCCUACGAAGGCACCAACAGCAAGGGCCGUACCGAGGUGGUCGGCAGCAAGACCGAGGGUGCCCUGCUCCAGUUCACCAAGACGUUUGGCGCCGACUAUGUCGAGGUCCGCAAGCGUCUCCACGUCGAGAAGCUCUACCCCUUCUCGAGCGCCCGUAAGCGCAUGGGUGUGCUCGUCACACUCGACGAGCAACACGUGCGUCUCUACGUCAAGGGUGCCUCUGAGCGUAUCCUCGAGGCCUGCGACUCGUACCUCGACGCCGACGGCAACAUCCAGCCCCUCGGCGCCGACGCCAAGGAGGUCUACGAAAAGGCCAUCUUUGGCUUUGCCUCCGACACGCUCCGUACCAUCGGGCUCGCCUACAAGGACUACAAAAAGGCCGAGUACGACUAUGAAGAGGCCGAUGAGCCCAACUUUGGUCUCACCCUCGUCGGCAUCCUCGGUAUCCGUGACCCAUUGCGUCCCGAGGUGCGCGGUGCCGUGCGUCAGUGCCAAGGUGCCGGCAUCGUCGUGCGUAUGCUCACCGGAGACAACAUUGUCACAGCCGAGAACAUCGCCAGAAAGUGCGGUAUCCUCCAACCGGGCGACAUCUCAAUGGACAGCUUUGCAUUCAACAAAAUGUCCGAAGCCGAGUUGGAACGUGUCAUCCCACGUCUCCGUGUACUCGCCCGUUCAUCGCCACUCGACAAGUUGCGUCUCGUCAACAAGCUCAAAGAUAUGGGUGAGAUUGUCGCCGUCACUGGUGACGGUACCAACGACUCUCCCGCACUCAAACAAGCCAACGUCGGUUUCUCCAUGGGUAUCUCUGGUACCGAGGUGGCUAUUGCUGCAUCGGACGUUGUUCUCCUCGACGAUAACUUUGCCUCUAUUGUACGUGCCGUACUCUGGGGUCGUAACAUCUACGACAGUAUCUGUAAAUUCCUUCAAUUCCAAUUGACCAUCAAUAUUGUCGCUGUCACUGUCGCCUUUGUCGGUACCAUCUAUGGUAAUGGAAAGUCUCCAUUAACCGGUGUCCAACUCCUCUGGAUCAAUCUCAUUAUGGAUACUAUGGCUGCCUUGGCUCUUGCCACUGAACCACCCACACCUGAUCUCCUCGAACGUCCCCCAACCGGUAAAGACUCGCCUCUCAUCACACGUACCAUGUGGCGUAACAUCAUCGGUCACGCCGUCUUCCAGCUCACCGUCCAAUUUGUCCUUCUCUACAUCGGUACCGACAUUUACAACAACUUUGUCCACGAAAAGAUCAUCAAAGACUCUGUCCGUCACUAUACCAUCAUUUUCAAUACUUUUGUAUUUAUGCAAUUAUUUAACGAAAUUAAUGCUAGAGUACUUGGAAACAAAUUAAAUCCAUUUAGAGGUAUUUUUGCCAAUCCAAUUUAUGUUACUAUUCUUUUCAUUACGGUUGUUAUUCAAGUUCUCUUUGUCACUUUUGGUGGUGAAGUCACCUCGACUGUGCCAUUGGGUGUCUAUGAAUGGAUUGGUUGCGUCGUGACCGGUUUCUUCUCUUUGGUUGUUGGUCUUUUACUCAGAAUGAUCCCAAUCAAGGAACCAAGCUACCUCAAGAACCAUGGAAAGUUUGAAACUUCUCCACUAUUAGAUGGCGCCAACAAAUAUGGAAGUGUUGAUUAA